AUGUCAGUCCUAUCGGAGGAUCCACUGGAAGCCUUUUACUUCGAGCACGAGGAGCAGGAGAUUUGCGGACAGCCGGUUAGUCCCAUAACAGAUGGAUACCAAGAGGAUUACCCCAGCGUUGUGGAUCGCUUCUUCACCAGAUAUUACUAUUUUAAGGGGGAGGUUCCCUACCAAGUCCUCUACCACUCCAAUCGCAUUUGCCUGAUAUGCCUGGCUCCCGAUCACCCUGCAUUAAGUCAGGGCAUCUCGUCUGUAAACUUCGAUAUCGGUAAUGUCGAUCGCAGCCAAAAUGUGGUUAAGGGCAAGGGAAAGAAGGGCGGUAUGAUCCUCCAGGCGGAGUCCACCUUGGCCUUGGUUACCACCGAAAACGGAGAGACCUACAAGGUUCCUAGCUGCAUUCGGGGCAAACUGGUGGAGGUCAACACCGGCUUGGUGGAGGAGCCUAAGCUUCUGGAGCAACUGCCCGAGGGAGCUGGCUAUUUUGCUAUCCUGCUGCCCAAAAUCGAGAACUGUGAUGCCAUCAAGGCGAGUCUGCUGACUCAGGAACAGUACGAGGAGCGUUUAAAGAUCCAGAAGGAAGUACCUAAAACUAAUACCAGCGAUGACACGGAAACCCGUUCUCAUACCGAGGAGAUCGUAAAAAGGGAACUGGUUAAUUCAGUGGCGUAGAUAGCUUUUUGAUAUGGGGGGGGGAUAUGCACAGUCAUCGCGAAAAAAGGGGUGGUUCUUUUUCAAUUUUGAGAGUUUUACCAUUAAUUGCCGUAUUGCACAUUGAGACAAAAUAAAUAUUGGCGCUUCAAAAA